AUGGGUGAUGGCGACAGGAGAGGCGUGGCACCAUUAAAAAUUACGGGAAAUACAGCAGAAAAUUGGAUCAUAUGGAGGGCACGAUUCGAAAAUUACCUAAUUGCAGCCGAAAUUAAUAAAAAGGACGAAAAAACACAGUGUGCACAACUUCUACACUAUAUAGGUGAAGAUGGGUUCAAAAUUUAUACAACGUUCCAAUUUGCCGACAACGAGAAAGACAAAAUCAAGGUAUUACUGGAGAAAUUUCAAUCACACUUCGAAGGGAAGCAAAAUAUUUCGUACGAGAGAUACAAAUUCUUUUCGUUGAAGCAGCUGGAAGGACAGACAACAGAAAAUUUCGUAACGGAGUUGAAGACGCAGGCCGGGAAAUGUAAAUUAGAUCAACUACAGGACAGUCUAACUGUUACCAUGAUUAUAUGCGGGAUUAGAAACGUCCAUGUUCGAGAAAAGCUACUCCAGGAGGAUAAUCUUGAAUUAGACAAGGCGGUGGAGCUGUGUCGAGUUAUCGAAUCAUCUAAACUACGUAGCGAAAUUAUGGGAAGUUCAGUCGGGGCAGGAGCUGCAACAGCAGAAAUAAAUGAAGUAAACCGAAGCAGAGUGAAGGACAGGUAUGUGCCAAAAACAAUAAAUGACUGUAAUAAAUGUGGGCAAGAAGAACACAUAGCGCAGAUCACAGAGUUAGUACCAAAUGCUUUAGAUGACGAUGGCAAUAAUGGAAUCAUACUCUAUCAAGCUAUAAGGGAGUAUUUAAGACAUAACUAUCGAGACUUGUAA